ACCACCAGACGGUCGUUGGUUGCCAGUUGAGCAAUACGCGUGUGUGUCGCGCCGUCGUGAGUCCCUCCUUCUGUGCUCGGCUCGCGUAAGCUGUACCUAGAAGCUGAAAAGUGUGUACACUCUAUCGAUUGGGGUGCGUGAUCGUGCGUGGUGUCUUGUCGUGAAAGUUCUGACUGUGACAAAAAGGGAAUAGAGUGAGAGUAUUAUCCAGAAGAAUACGGUUCGUGAGCCCGAUUGGAAGGUUUAGAUUCAUUCGUUUGAUAGUGGGUUCCGUUCCGUUCCGGCUGGAUCGUUUUCCAUCAGUUAGUGAACGUACGUGGAUGUUGGAAGAAUACAGCGCGCGAGUGUUCGUUUCAUAACGUUACGCUACAGUGAUCAUCGCAGCAGGCACAGUUUGGGAAGGUGCGUCACGGGUUGUUUCCCCGUUGGAUUGCUUGGAUUCGAACCAAACGACACGAAUUCUUUUGGACAGGUUGCUGCGAUCUGUGGUGCUCAAGUGGAUUGGCAGCAUUACGGAGCCGCGUACGAUAAUUGUGGCUAACACUGCGAGUGAGAGUUGCACUACGGUUUAAACAAUUGUUUUCCGAACGCAGUAAAAUUGUUUUCCAAAACAGCUGCGGUGAAACGUGUCGGGCAUGGUGUAGCUACACAGUGAGAAAAAAUAACAAACCCGCAAGGUUAUGGGCCCCGUUCCUUUGUUGAUUGUUAAUACCCGUCGACGGGUUGUUGCACAGUGUUUCGUCGACGUCAACGUCGCCGCCGUCUCUAGUCUGUUAUUGAUGUAUUGUUAUCGUUAAUAGAUAAAAUACGGGACGGGUGAAAGAUGCCGCAGACCAAACCCUCCGAGUGUUAGGAAGCCCCACCUCAAGAUGCGAAAAUUAGAUGAUUACCAUUAAUUAGAUUAGUGAUUGUGUGAGAAUCGGCGUCUGUGCGUCCAAUUUGGAUUGUUGUUCAGGUUCAGGCGGCAGGCAGUUAAGCCAAAGAAGACGGAAAACUCAUAAAUCUAUUCAUCGCCAAAGUGAACCGGCUUCUUAAACCCUAAAGUGCGUUGUUCAGAGAAAAAAAAAACGAAGAAAAGAGAUCAACCAGAGUGCAGCGGUUUAAGUGGCUCCGAUUGGUGGUGUGUGAACCAGUUCCGCUGCAACCCAGACUGGGCCCAAUGGAGCAUCGAGAUCAAUGGCCCAGCUACAGCAUUUUGGACGGACACGAAGAGCUAAUUGAACGAAGAGAACUUCGGCGGAAAAGCGUCCGUCGUUAAUGAGCUGCACACUAUACAUACAAACUAGAUGUAAACACAUACACACUUGAGUACUAGUGCUAAUUGGGAUGUUUGAUUUUGGCGGAAGGAAAUUUUCUGUUGCAAGCUAAGCUGAUCGUCGAGUGCGAUAAUUGCCGGUGUCCUGUACGUGCUUCCAGUUUCCGCGUGUUUUUGCUCCGAAGAAAUUGCCGUGAAGAUUCGACGAUUGUGCAGUGAAGUGCAGUGCCUUACAACAACAAGGAAGGAGCGAUCUGGUGAUAAAAAUUGAUUGGAAAAUUGGCCAAAAAGUGUGAUUUAUUGGAUAAUUUGGAGCUGUCGCCAGUCGUCAGCUGAGAGGAGAUUUCACCGUUUUUUUUGGAGUUUGACGAACCUGUUCCCCUCUACCACUGAGUUUGGCGCGUGGCGAGAAGCUGUCGGCAACUGCACGUGGAUGUGAUUUCUGAAUGAGUGACUUGUGCACACUGGGUUCGCGACCUGGUAUGGAGUGUGUGCCAUUGAGAUCUCCAGCAGACCCAUAUCACUAUCAUCACGUCACCGAUCAAACAAAGUCACUACAGGAAUUGCAGAAUGAAGUCGGCGCUCUAUUGGAAUUCCGCGAUCUGGUUAUCGAGACCUUUCCCGAUCUUAAAACGAAGAUGGCAUCGUCCACUGCCAACAGCACACUCACCGGUAUCCCAUCGUCAUCGCUGGCGUCCAGACGCGAGUGGGAGCCCGGGAUACGGUCCCGGCGGAAACUGACCUACAAAGAUUCAUCAUCGGUGGUGUCGUCAGCAGCGGCGGCAGCCGCAGCAGCAGCAGCAGCGUCUUCCUCGGCGGAACUCCACCAGCACUCGUCGUCGUCGCUGAUCCGCAGCAGGAGCAACUCGCACAGCGGCAAAAAGGAACCAAAGAGCGGUGAGGGCAACAACGGCAGCGUCGUCAUUCAGGACUCGGGCUUCUCGACGGAGACGUCCUCGUCCAAGGAGACGCACAGUGCCUCGUCGACGACGGGGGGCGCCACCAGCGGCGGAAUCACCAUCAUCUCGGGGCAGGGAACUACCGUAUCAAAUACACCCAUCAAUCGACUAACUGUAGAUACCGAGAACGAACUGUGGAACUUACUAGAUGUGAUACAUAGGAAAAGCAAUCGACUCCGGGAGGAGGUGGACGCGCUGCAGCAGCUGGAGCGGGAAAAGUGUCGAACAAAUCAGCUUAACAACAACAUCAAUAAUCACACGGCCGUCGUUAGCAGUACUAGUAAUCUUAAUCAUAUUCAUAGCAGUAGUAGUAAUAGUAAUAGUAGCAGUAGCAGUAGUAGUAGUAGCGGCAACCUUCCUCACACGCAUCAGCCGCCGGGCGUUCCGAGUGCCAACGGUUCCAAUGUCGUCAGCCUAGCGAAAACCUUUCAAAACCAGCUUCUAGUGGAUAUUGUAAAUAAGGAUGAUGUACAAAUACUGCGGAAGGAGCGGGAUCGACUGUUCGACAAGCUGUCCGAGUACGAGGCGGAAGCGAUUGCUAGUCGGAUACGAACGUCGAAGAUGCAGGACGAGGUGGACGCGCUGGCGCUGGCCAAGCGCGAACUGGAGGACCAGCUCAAGGCGGCCCUCAGCCAGAAGCUGGAACUUAGCAGUAGGGUUCAUGAUCUCCAUCAGCAGUACACGGCGGGCAACAAGAGUGCACCCAGUUCCCCGGAUUCCAUCAAGAGUCGACACCCGUUGACGCCGGGCCUGCGGAAGCACUCGUCCACGGAUUCCACCACCAGUACCAUCAUUGCCACCCCCUCCCAUCUAUCUACGUCGCCGUCGUCCGGUAGUCAAACUACGACGACGACUCCGGCGACGCAUCAUCUCCUGAAGCCCCGCUUCAGCCAGUCGAGUUUCGCGCCCGUCAAGGGCGGCCUUAGCGUUAGCGUUGGCAGCAGCAAUGGAAGCACCAGCGGUAGCAGUAGUGGCAGUACGAAAGUUCCCAUUCCAACGACGACGACUCCGUUGGCUGUGAUAGCGGCGACGUCCGGUGCCGCCGAACUGGAUCCGGAAGAUGCCCUCUCGCAGCGAUUGGGCGCCACCGCCUAUCCGGACGACCUGGGCAAGCUCGAUGGGCUGGUGAGUUCACCGGCCCGGCUCAGCAAGGUGCGCAUGACUGACUCGAAGAAGAUCGCCGCCAUCCUGCUGGAGUCGAAUAUUGUCGAACUGCAGCGGCACCUGCUGACCAUCACGGUGCAGAACCAGGUUCUACAGCAACGGCUAGACCAGGCAACGCGGUCUCGGAUCUUCCUCAACAAGAAGCUGGACAAGUCGAAGGAGGACAUUGAUGAUCUCAAGUUUAGGCUCGAAGAGAAAACCAUCGAACUGGAGGGCACCAAGGCGCAACUGCGAGUGCUCGAAUCCAAACAGCAGCUGCACCAACAGCAAAGCGCCAGUAAAUCCUCCUCCUCGUCCGGUUUCAGCCCGGAACACCAUGCUCAUCAUCAACUUCCUACUACGGCUUCCGUUGGUGGUUCCCCGGCGUCAUCCGCUACCAAAGGCCCCUCGGUGGUCAGCACCUCGGCCGGAGGCAUUGUCAGCCAUCAGCAUCGAUCCGCUUCUACCUCGGAACUGGCCCAGCUGUCUCCAGUUCACCAUCACCAUCAUCUGCUGCACCAUCAACAGCAGCAACAGCACCGGGAAUUGACCUUGAGGUUGGCCCAGAGUCAGGUUUCCACGCCCAGCAUGAAGGCGAUGACCCCGCUGGCCAUGGACGAGAUCCUGCAGCAUUCGAGUAGCACCGAAUCGGCACAGGAUCAGGCGGAACGGGACGGUGGAAGGUUACAGUGUCCGGAGACGCCCAGGCGAAGGCCCAGCAAGAUUCCAUUGGCUGGGACCAAGGGAUACGCUGCUCCGAAACCUCCCACCGGGAGGAAUUUCCUGGCCUCCCAGCAGCGUGGGGAUAAGAACUCCCCCUCGCCUUCAGGGUCGUUGACGAACAAGUCGCUGAACAAGAGCACCGGAAGUCUGAACAUGAAAUCGACCGGGCCUAGCUCGAUCACCAGCAAGGACAAGAAGGACGCAAGCCUCAAUCGGCCGGAUUCGGCUCAAAGCUGGCGCCGGGACACCUCCCUAGAAAAAAGCCGUAGUUCCUCAAUUCCGGUCUCGAAGGGGGCCGGCUCGCCAACGGUGGUCAAACCGGCCAUGGCGGCCACCAUGGUUAGCAGUUCGCCGCUGCCGAAGGCAAAACGUGACUCGCUAACGACACGGGUAAAGAACUUGGACUCGCUUUCGCGGUUCCAGUCCGGAUCUGGGGCGUCCGCCUCGACCGGCAAUCUGAGCAAAUCCAGCUCGAAAAAGGAUCUGAGCUCGAGCUUCACGACCGGGCAGUUGCGCGACCGGAAGCAAAGUUCCAGCGCGAUCCGGCGCGUCAGUAGUGCCUCGGUUGGCCGGGGAUCGUCCUCCGGGUCGUCCGGGGAGCAGAACAACAACGGUAAUGGUUCCUCUGGUGGAGGGGCCGCUGAUACCGGCUCAAGUGGUUCCGGUGACAACGGAAAGGCCCGAAGAACCAACACUUUCCGUGUGACCAAACCAACGCUGAUGCCGCCGCUAAAGAUCAACAGCGCCAAAGUGUCGCCGCCGCGUGGUCGCUUCGCCAGCAAUAUCCCAACCAUAGUCACGCCUCGAACCGUAACCGCUCCGGCCUUGAUCAUAACCUCAUCCUCGCCGGUCACCACCGGCGGACGUCAUCCGCCUCGCUCAAGUUCGCCCUCGUCAUCGUCUUCGGCCGAUUCUUCACCUUCGUCCGUAACCACCAUUACGACGAUCGAGUCGCACUCUUCAUCGACCGCUGUUACCCCUGCUCCCUCCCGAGACCUGAUCGCGGAAUACCUCGCUGCCAAAAGUCGAAGCCAACAGGCGCCGGCCAUCUUCAACUCCAAACUCCCUCCAUCCGGCCCUCACGACGAACAUCAGCAAUUGGCCCUGGCCUACAAGCAUCCCAUCCUCCUGAUGGACGAAGAAGAGAACGUAGUCUACUGUAGUGUCUCGUCCAGCAUCGGGAAGGAACGAAACCGAGAGGUCGAUGUCGAGUACGUCGACGACAACUCGAUCGAACUGCUGGAUGCUAAGGAAGAGAUCGGCGAAGGCGAACAGGAGUCGCUGAUCGUGCCAAAACCGAAGAAGAUCGCGUUCCAGUCGAAGGCGAGCCCUCUGAAGAGCUCGGAUGAUAUCGACGGCAAGUGCCGGUUGGUCGGCAAAGUCAAUCCCAACAUCCUCAAGACGUGGGAACAGCUGAGCGGCGAAGGAAGCGAGAAAAACUUCUGCAACCACAAGCGCAGCCACUCGAAGAACAGUCUGAUCACGGUGACGUCGUCGGAGAACAGCGCCGGCGACAAGCAGAGUUGUUUGAUCUUCUAUCGGAAUCAGUUCGACGGCGUGGAGGCGGGCGAAGAGGCGUUCAACUUCCGAGUGAUGAGGAGCCGACAUCACGGCGAGGCGAUCAGUGAAGACUCGACGACUGUUGCCGAUCUGGAGGAGGAGGAUGAUGAGGAGGAAGAGCCGGUGAUGGCAACGGCGGCGGUGUCGAUGGCGACUUCGACGGCCACGACGGCGACCACCAAUACGGAUACGACGACCAGUUCCGAGGGUUGUUACGAUUUCUACGACAGUAUCGACGAUAGCAGCAAUCGGAUCACGGGUUUACGGGUUACGGAGGAGGACGACGAAGAAGAGGAUGAGGAGGAGGAGGAGUAUGCACUGGCGGCCGGGGAAGGGUUGGCCGAUUUUACCUCGCUGGAUCGAAAGAAGCUGAUGUGGUCGAUCGAUGUGGAAUGAGAGGGGGUCCGGGUGGGGAAGAGGAGGAUACCGCCUAAUAAGUAUCGUGUGAGGAACAAUCAGUAUUGUUGACAGUACGUGUGUUAUGUUUAGGGGGAUGAUUCUAUUUAUCUAUCUGUGUGCUAGUGUCUGUCCUUUUGAGAUUGUGUGUUUGGCAGUUUGAAGGGGGAUUUUCAGUUCAAUACAUGCGCUGGCCACGUGCUUACAGUUAUUUGAAUAAGGAGGCAUGUAACAUUCUCAUAGAAGAACUAUCGAAGAACCUAAAAAUUAGCUGAUUUGUGAAAAGGCCUAUGAGAUAUCGCGAGUUAGGGCCUUAACAUCUUUAGUCGCCUGUUUAACAUCUAACAUACGGGCGGGAUCCCGAACAUCACAAGUCGAUAGCUCGGUAUAUUCUUUUGGUAUUCCACAGACAAACCACCGCAUUUUGGCCAAUGAAAGACUAUGUGGCGGUAGUGUGAAAACGUCAGUGGAAGCCAAACAUGGCCAAAAUGACCUCACACAGGAUGCUGCCCUUCCUUCUGGAGGCACUCGUCUUGGUGGAUGGCCUGCCAAACCAAGAGCUCGUUGGUGAAUUUUGUUCAUUUCUCACCUCCUAAGGAACGGCCGACCCCGAUGGGCAUCGUAAAACUCCGGUUCCGACAGUUGACAUCUCCAAAAACCGAUCCUGAUAACCAUUUGACAAAUCGUGAUGAAGUUCUGCCAAC